AUGGCUCACAGGGUUAUGUCGCCUUUUCAGCACAGUUGCGCGUGCGUCUUGCUUCUGCUCUCCGCCGCUGCACUAGCCACACGGACCACGUCCGCCGACGUGGUCCCGGCGGAGGGGAGGCGAUACGUCUUAGUGGGAACGACAGAUUCGACGUUUAACUACGGGUGGAACCCCAAGGUCAACUUCACGGCAUGGGCCGCGGACCCCGCGAAUCGCGUCUACGAAGGCGACGUGCUCGUGUUUUACUACCCCAGGGGCGCCGACGAGGUGUACCGUUUCUCGCGAUCCGACGACAUGCGCCGCUGCGUCUACACCAAGGGGACGCGCGUGUGCCGUGACGUGGACGGCGUUGCCGGCUGUAAGGUGCCCGUAUCGGAAGGCACGGCGCUGUUCACGUCGGGCAUGGUGGCGCGAUGCAACUCCACCAUGCAGCUAGCGGUGGAGGUGGAGGUGGAAACCGGGCCGCGCGACAUCGUGGUGGGGUACCCCACGAGCGAGUACACGUGGCCGUGGAACCCGGCCGUGAACUACACGGAGUGGCUGGCCAACAACACGCUCUACACCGGCGACGUGCUCUACUUCAAGUACGCGGCGAACAUGGACGAGGUGUAUAUAGUGCCGACCAAGGACGACUACGACGCGUGCAAGUACGACCGCUACACGGCGUACUGCAACGGCACGGACGGCGUGGGCGAGGGGUGCUUCAGCAACCCGCUCGACAACACCACGACCUACUUCCUCUCGGGCGUCUACAGCCACUGCACCGCACAGCAGAAGCUCGCCGCCGUCGCCCUCGACGGCCCCACGGGCGCUUGA